AUGGAGUCCGCAAUACGAUGGUCGCCAAGUUCGACCGCGGCCGAGCAGCGAUUCCUGUCCGUCGACGUCACAGGCAAAGCUUUUCGAUUAUGCAGAGUCACGAAUUUCGAUGGCAGGAACCUCCAGCAUGAGGUCAUCGAGACUCUCAAAGAUCUCCCUCCCUUCCGCGCGUUCGACUGGUCCACCUCGGAUGAGAAUCUGAUCGCAGUAGGUCAGUCGUCUGGCGAAGCUACCCUUUUACGUUUAAAUGCCGAUACAAAGGAUGCACUCUCUUUCCCUGUUCGCAAUCAACGAUACUGCAAUGCGGUUGCGUUUAGCGCUCAUGGCUUGGUUGCCUCAGGUCUGGACCGAGUGCGCAAUGACUUCUGCUUCAAUAUCUGGGAUGUGAACCAGCGAUUGGGCGCUGCCGGCGGAACGAAGGGUUUCCCAGAGCCACUCAGGAAACUCGCGAGCUCAGAGCCUAUCACGAGUAUCAAGUUUUUUCGUGACCAGCCAGACACAGUUGUCACGGGUGUGAAAGGCCAAUUUGUGAGAAUAUAUGAUCUACGAGAGGGCCCAGGCAACCCGUCCUUGCAGUUCCCUACCCACUGCGUCCAUAAUAUUGCGAUCAAUUGGCUUGAUGAAAACUACAUUGGCUCCGCCGCCACGAACAAUGAAAGUACGAUCUGUGUUUGGGAUAGACGUGUCGGGGCCCGUUUAUCAUCCCCCUCGGUUGGCUCCUCCACAAAUGGCUACGAGGCGAAUCAAGCGGUGCCUGCGCUGCAGUUCAAAGAUGUAUUUGGCUCCAAGAGUUCAAUUUGGAGUUUGCGAUUCUCGAAAACCAACCGGGGAUCCCUGGGGGCUCUAUCUAGCACUGGACAUCUGAAAACAUUUGAUAUAGCCAAAGACUUCUUACCAGAAGAAUACCGUGCGUCUAUAGACGAAACACUCGGCCAAGGCUCGUUCAAAAAUUAUGCCGAACCGGUCUACACGAAGUACGUCCGGGACGUUCGGGCUCCAUUCGAUCACCCUGCUCGAGGGUCCAAAGAGAAAGAGCGAGUUGUCGCAUUCGACUUUUUAAACCUCAGUAUCUCAUCGCAGCCAAGUGCUAUUGCCAUAGACGGCAAUCAAGAACCCCAUAUAAUUACGGGGCGCCCACCCUGCCCACCGAUUGCUUUGUCUUCUCGAGGAGCACUUCAGAACCGUCCGCCCUUGUCCGAGCAAAUCUCACCCAUUGCGAAUGUUGUAGAGAACAUCCGAGCACGUGUCCUUCCUGGUACACCGGUCCAUGACGCAGAAACUGACGGAGAAAUAUCUGCGUCGGAAGACUUGCGUCCGGAUCCUAUUGCAAGCAGAAUAUCGCGGGAGCGCUCUCUAGCUGUAGGGACCCAAGGAACGCUUCUUUCUGCAGAAGAAGCUCUCGCCUUGUCAACCGUGAGCCGGUUCAGGUGCGAAGAGGGCUACUUGUUUGAUGAGGUCCGCAAUCAAAAGAUUGUUGCCGAUGAUGUCGCUCUGCAAGACUUUUGGGCCUGGGCCGAACGUGCUCGCGCAGACUCAUCAGGCCUGUCAAUGGUGAUCAAUGGAUUUGACAUGAAUUAUCUUGGCGUUAGCAACGUUUGGCUUAAUGACUUUGGUCAUGGAGUCGAAAAGCGGCGCAUGACGACAAAGGGGGACGACAACCGAGGCAUUACCGACGCCAUAAUUCAACUUCCCGAACACUUGAGUCUUCCGGAGACCAAAUACUGCCAGACCGAAUACCCCGAACAUCGCCGGCACACGAAGGCGGCCGCAUUGGCAGUUUUCCAGCAGGAACCAACGCUCGCGUAUCUGGGACUCCGAAGCAACAAACCCACCGGUGCACAUAAACUUCUUGCCAUGGCCAUUGCUGGAUCUGGUGAAAACAGCGUCGAUUGGGAAGAAACCUGUGCCGAGAUCUUAAAGGAACUGACUGACCCAUACGCCCGAGCCAUUCUAGCUUUUGUAAGCAAGGGCGACUGGAACGAUGUGAUCAGAGAGACCACCCUUCCUCUCAAGUACCGGGUUGAAGUGGCCUUGCGCUGGCUCCCGGACGAGGAGUUAAGCGAGUACCUCAAAAGCGCCACCACGGAAGCAAUGCGCCAAGGCGACAUUGAAGGCGUGGUCUUGACCGGUCUUGGCCAUCUGGCUAUGGGCCUCUUCAAGUCCUACAUCGAUAAGUUCAAUGACGUUCAAACACCUGUUUUAGCCAUGAGCUAUACAGUGCCCCGCAUCAUCAAUCAUCCUUCUUAUGUUGCCCAGUACGAAACUUGGCGCGAGACCUACAGAAUUCAGAUGAACUCUUGGAAGCUCCAGCUUGAGCGAGCCCGAUUUGAUGUCGACUCUCGCCGCUUCGCGGUUACUGUCGAUGGACGCAAGCUCAUCCCGCCCCCGCCGCAGCAAGUGAGUCUGACUUGCAAUUACUGCACGCGUCCUCUCGCCCAAAAUGACACGGUGUCGCAAAUCUCUCCCACGGCUACCACCGAGACCGUUCACCCAACAGUCGGCAAUCCGCUCGGGUCCGCAGCAAUGUCUGGAACAGUUUGCCCUAAAUGCGGUCGACACAUGCCGCGGUGUGGUGUCUGUACUCUCUGGCUGGGCUCACCGGAUCCGAUGUCGCGAGCCGGCAUCGCUGCUGACGCAGAUCCAAAGGCCAAAACGGCUACGGAGACAGAGAUCAUGCGUCGAUUCGUAGUCUUCUGCAUUCAUUGUAACCAUGGCUUCCACGCACAUCAUGCCCGAGAUUGGUUCAUGCGACACAAAGUCUGCCCCGUUGCUGAAUGCAGUUGUAUCUGUGAUCGAUAA